AUGGGUUACAUGGCUCCUGAGUUGUUCUACAAAAAUAUUGGUGGCGUCUCACACAAAGCUGAUGUCUACAGCUUUGGAAUGCUGUUGAUGGAAAUGGGAAGCAAACGAAAGAAUUUAAAAUGCACGUGCAGAGCAUUCAAGCCAAAUUUACUUCCCGUCAUGGGGUGUACGAUCAGUAUAAGGAGGGAAAGGAGCUGGAGAUGGAGGAUAUAA